UCCAUUAUUAUUCGCACUUUAGUGAUUUCCUUCAAACUGCAUCUUUGUUUACGCCAUAAAAGGGACUGGACUCCACAGAGAUUGGCUUUCCCUCCGCCCACACAGAAAAAAGAGAACAGGCUAAUCAUCACGUGAUCGGACAUCAUAAUCCACUCGCUGCCAAAAAUUAACUUCCAUAUCUCAUCGAUACAGGAAUCCGAGACAGAGAAAUGGACCAUCUUCUAUGGCGAAUGUUACCUUUGCUAGCUCUUCUCGCUUCCUUUUUCUACUUCUUUCAGUCCCAAAAGUUGACUUACAAUGACUGCAGCCUCCUUCCUUAUAGCCAUUUCUGGAUAAUUAGCAAGAACAUCGUCACACCACGUGGCGUCAUUUCUGGUGCAGCAGUUGAGGUAAAGGAAGGGAAUAUUGUAUCCGUAGUAAAAGAAGAGGAUUGGCAUGUAAAUUUCAAAAGAGGACAUAUGAUUGAUUAUGGAGAAGUUGUUGUUAUGCCUGGAUUUAUUGACGUGCAUGCACAUCUUGAUGAUCCUGGAAGAACUGAAUGGGAAGGAUUUCCUUCAGGAACUAAAGCAGCUGCUGCUGGAGGCAUUACAACGUUGAUUGACAUGCCUUUAAAUAGCGACCCCUCAACUGUUUCUGUGGAAACUUUGAGACUCAAGCUUGAGGCUGCAGAAAAGAAUAUCUAUGUUGAUGUUGGUUUUUGGGGAGGCUUAGUUCCAGAAAAUGCAUUCAAUGGAAGUUCUCUGGAAGCUCUCCUAAGUGCUGGUGUUCUUGGUUUAAAGUCUUUUAUGUGUCCUUCAGGGAUCAAUGACUUUCCAAUGACCGAUGCCACUCAUAUCAAGGAGGGGCUAUCUGUACUGGCAAAAUACAGAAGGCCUUUACUUGUGCAUGCUGAGAUUCAACAAGAUUCUGAGAGCUACAUAGAAGAUGGUAUGGAUGACCCUCGACAUUAUUCAACAUACCUUAAGACAAGGCCAGCAUCAUGGGAGGAGGCAGCUAUUAGGGAGCUUCUAACAGUAUCAAAGGACACAAGGAUUGGUGGUCCUGCAGAAGGAUCUCAUCUUCACAUUGUUCAUUUGUCUGAUUCAGGUUCUUCCCUACAACUUUUAAAGCAAGCAAAAAGAAGUGGUGACAGUGUGACUGUUGAGACAUGCCCCCAUUACUUAGCCUUUUCAGCAGAAGAGAUUCAGGAUGGGGAUACUCGUUUUAAAUGUGCUCCACCCAUUCGUGAUGCAACCAAUAAAGAAGCACUAUGGAAGGCUCUGCUGAAAGGAGACAUUGACAUGUUGAGUUCCGAUCAUUCACCUACGGUGCCAGAACUCAAACUCCUUAAUGAAGGCAACUUCUUGAGGGCUUGGGGUGGCAUAUCAUCUUUGCAGUUUGUGUUUCCUGUGACGUGGACAUAUGGGCGAAAAUAUGGAGUAACUUUGGAGCAGUUAGCUUUGUGGUGGAGUGAGAGACCUGCUAAGCUUGCUGGACAAGAGUCAAAGGGGGGCAUUGUAGUUGGAAAGCAUGCAGAUAUUGUCAUAUGGGAUCCAAACGCAGAGUUUGACCUCAGUGAUGAUCUUCCUAUAUACAUUAAACAUUCUAGUAUCUCGGCCUACAAGGGAACCAAACUUUCAGGAAAAGUUUUAGCCACUUUUGUUAGAGGAAACCUUGUUUACAGAGAGGGAAAGCAUGCUCCUACUGCUUGUGGUUCUCCUAUCCUUGCAAAAUAAACCGAUGACCCGGAAAUGUUUGCUAUUAGGCGUAAAUCAAGUUGACGUUCGACACUUGGUGCUAUUUAACAAGUUGUGUCAUCUGUAACCUGUUCUGUUCAUCGGCGAUCUCUUCUAUAGCACAAAACAUUUAGGUUCGGAUGUAAAUAAUUCGGGUAUCUGCAACUCAUUGUGAAAUGAAUAUAUGAUUGAAUCGAUCCACUAUCAGACCAUAAGUUAUCAAUUAUCACUGUCACCUCUCAUGAUUACAGGCUAUUGCUAAAGUGGUUUGUUGGAUGCUUUUCCUA